AUGCUGCUGAAGCCCAAGGGGGAUGCGGGUGACAACCAGACGAACGACGAUGUGCGCGGCCUUCGCAAAAGCCGAGCUCAAAGCCCUUGGACAUGGCGACCUCUCACGCUCGUUACCACGGCCAUUGCGCUGUUGUUUCUCUCUCUCAUCCUUCGGUCGUCGCUGAAACACCAGGUUGACCCUCAAGGAUGUAUCAUGUCCAUGAUGAGCCCGACAUACAUCAAACUUUCCGGCUUCGAUACCGAACACUCGCGCUUCGCAACCAAGUACUCGCUGUAUUUGUAUCGGGAAGAGGGGGUUGACGAAUACACACAAGACAAUAUAGGAUUGAGGGGGGCGCCUGUUUUGUUUAUCCCAGGAAAUGCCGGCAGUUAUAAGCAAGUGCGGUCUCUCUCAUCCGAAGCUUCCAGACAUUAUCACAACGUGCUGCGACAUGAUGCGAAUGCGAUCAAGGGAGGGGUGCGGCCUCUAGACUUCUUCACGAUUGACUUCAACGAGGAUCUAUCCGCUUUCCAUGGCCAGACGCUGCUGGAUCAGGCAGAGUAUGUGAAUGAGGCUGUUGCAUAUAUCUUGUCUCUGUACCAUGACGCAAACCGACUACGGCGGGACCCUCAACUACCCGACCCGAGCGCUGUUAUUCUCAUCGGACAUUCAAUGGGUGGAAUUGUUGCGCGGACGGUUCUUGCGACACCGAAAUAUCAGGCCAACUCGGUCAAUACCAUCAUUACAAUGUCAACUCCUCAUGCGCGGCCACCAGUCACCUUCGAUGCCGAUGUCGUUACCUUGUAUCAACAAGUCAACAAAUACUGGCGAGAUUCGUAUUUGCAGAGAUGGGCCAGCAACAACCCGCUGUGGCAUACCACACUGAUCUCCAUCGCAGGAGGAGGGCGAGAUACCACUGUUCCCUCGGACUAUACGAACAUCGCCUCCUUAGUCCCCGAGAGCCACGGAUUCACCGUCUUCACCUCGACCAUUCCCAAUGUUUGGACUUCUAUGGAUCAUCUGGCUAUCACUUGGGCCGAUCAGGUGCGCAAAGUCGUCAUCAGGUCGUUGUAUGAUGUUGUGGACGUCCGCCGCGCGGGCCAAACCAAGCCCCGUUCGGAAAGGAUGAAGGUGUUCAGGAAGUGGUUCUUGACUGGCCUCGAAGACGACGCUCCUAAGGCACUGCGAGAGACCAACCAUGACGUUCUGCUCACGCUAGGUGACGGCUCAAGAUCUUCGACGGGCAAGAAGGACAACGUGACUCUGCGCCAGCUCGGUGCGCAAGACCAAAUGUCCGCGACUUUGCUGCCGAUCCCUUCCGUGGACAACUCGACGUCGAGAAGAUUUUCUUUCCUCACAGAUCAACAAAUUGACCCGCAGGGCAGUUUCGAGAAGCUUGAAGUGUUGUUUUGCAGUGCGUUCCCACUUACUGGAGGCCUGACUUCCAUGCCGCUCCCUGUGCAAAUCGAUCUCUCCCCCGGAGAUCCUAGCGCAACACGACUGGCAUGCAAAAGACCCGCCAAAGACGGCAUCCUCCUGCCUGCCUCAACCAGGACAUCACAAUAUGCAUUCGAGCAGCGUCCUCCUUUCAACUACUUGGAGUAUGAUGUUCGAGAUCUUCAGGAUCACCAGUUUGUGGCUGUCGUGGACAAAUCCGUGGAAAUCAGCAAUGGGUGGGCAUAUGGCGAAGUAAUAUCAACUGCCGAUUCAGUCAUUCAGAAUGAUGUCAGCCUUGCCAUGCUACUGCUUCGCGGCGUCAACGUGGAGCUUCCUCCCAACAGACCCCUUGUGACUGAAGUGCGUAUUCCAUCGCUUCGGUCGAGUUUACUGGCUUAUAAACUCGACCUCCGACAACACGGUUGUGGAGCCGAUGCCGAGCUGUUCACUCCUUUAGUGAGGCAACAUAUCGACAAUCCCUACGAGUCCAAGUAUUUUGUCAAUUUCAAACAAGGAGAAGUUAAUCUUCAUGGAGUUGCACCCUUUAUGCCGCCCUCUCUAGAUGGUCGUGAACCGAAAUCUGGAGUCGCCUUCCAGAUCUGGUCCGACCCAACCUGCAAUUCUUCUUUGGAGAUACGACUGCGGGCAGAUCCUAUCGGUAGUCUAGGCAAACUUGUUGUCAGAUAUCGCACUGUUUUCGCGGCCUUUCCUUUGCUGGUGGUGGCUAUGGUGCUCCGCAAGCAAUUUAGGGUCUACGACAAUUCAGGCAUCUUCAUCUCAUUCACCGAAAGCCUCGACCAGAGUCUGCGACUCCCGCUACCAGUCAUAUUGCUGUCCAUGACGUUCUUUGCCACCGCCUUCACGACGGCCAGUUCUGCCAGCGUUGGAUCAGACGUUCCCCCACACACCAAUGGAACGAGCAUCAACUUUAAUCAAAACGAUCUUCUGUUGGGUUCACAAGAUACGUUUUUCUGGUUUCUUGUUCCCUUGGCGGGGCUGCUCAGCAUUGGCGCUUGUGUGGUGUUGAACUAUGCAGUGUUGGCGCUGUUGCAGUUCAUUGUCAUCGUCUCCAAUCUGGUAUCACAACGAUACGUCAAGAUUGAUGACAGCGAGAAAGGGAUUGCCUCAGCCUUUGUCGCCAGUACUCCUCGAAGGAGGGCGAUCAACACCGCGGUGCUUUUGUUUCUUGUCGCCACCAUCAUACCAUACCCCUUUGCUUAUGUGGUGGCCUGUAUCGUGCAGCUUACAACGUGUUCACGAGCGUUGCGUCGUGCCAUGGAAUCCAAAUCCGGGCCGGCUCUCAAUUUCUUCAAUUACACCUACUCAAUACUCAUAUUAAUGCUUUGGGUCCUGCCCAUCAACCUGCCGGUCCUUGUGGUGUGGAUCCACAAUCUGUCGGUCCACUGGUUGACGCCCUUCUCGUCCCAUCACAACGUCUUGUCGAUCAUGCCGUUUAUCUUGUUGGUGGAGACCGUCUCCAGCGGAAUGAUGGUCCCUGCUGUGAGGUCGUUCAGAUGGGCCACGAAUAUCUUGUUUUUUGUUCUCGCGGUUUAUGCGGCGUUGUACGGUAUGACAUACGCCUACAGAUUACACUACAUUGCGAACAUCAUCGCCCUGUGGUUGGUUCUCUUGCACUUUUCAACCUAUCAGCGGCGGAUUUCCACAUAG